AGCACAAUCCGUCAACACAGGUACCGUAGACAUCAUCUAUAAGGCAGUCUUUGCCACCAACUCUGGUUACCCUAGACCUUCACAGCGACUUCUCCAAUCACCCCUCCCCCUCCCCCGCCCCCGCCAUCGCACCUCAGCUACGAAUUUUGACUGUCAAAGGCGUUAUCGCAGCUCUGUGACUCACAAACAGACAAAGACAACCAACACCGAACCUCUCAUCAAUCGUCCUGAGUAAACUUAGAGUUAUUGAUAGAUAUCAGAUCGCCGAAAAUGGCUUCAAAAUCACCCGUUCUGCCUGAGGAGGGUAAGCGCAACAUUCUAAUUACCAGUGCCCUUCCCUACGUCAACAACAUUCCGCAUCUGGGCAACAUCAUCGGCAGUGUUCUCUCCGCCGAUGUCUUUUCUCGCUAUUGCAGAGCGCGAGGCUGGAACACCAUCUACGUUUGUGGUUCCGACGAGUACGGUACUGCUACCGAGACAAAGGCCCUCGAGGAAGGUCUUUCGCCCGCCGACCUUUGCGCCAAGUAUCAUGCCCUUCACAAGGGAGUCUACGAUUGGUUCCGAAUUGACUUCGAUAUCUUCGGCCGAACACCCACUCAACAACAGACCCAGAUUGUGCAGCAGAUCUUUAAGGAGCUCUGGAAGAAUGGUUAUAUUGAGGAGCGAGAGACUACUCAGCCUUUUUGCUCGCAUCCUGCCCACGGCAAGUUCCUCGCAGAUCGAUUCGUCGAGGGAGAAUGCAGCAUUUGCCAUGACCCCGGAGCACGCGGAGAUCAAUGCGAUGCCUGCGGUAGCCUUCUCGACCCAUUUGAACCCGAACGCGAGCCCAGCACCUCUGAUGAUGACCAUGUCGAGGCUAAAGCGACUGGUUUCCUGAUCAACCCCCGCUGCAAGGUCGAUGGAACCACCCCCGAGAAGCGAAAGACGAAGCACCUUUUCCUUCGCCUAGACGCGGUUAAGGACUUGCUUGUUCCCUGGUUCCACAAGAGUAGCAAGGAGGGAGAUUGGAGCACAAACUGUAUUUCCAUCACCCAGUCAUGGAUCGACAAGGGACUCCUUCCCCGUGGUAUCACUCGAGACCUCAAGUGGGGUGUUCCUAUUCCCAGGGAUCUCGAAGGCUUGAGUAACGAGGAGUAUGCAGAGAAGGUCUUCUAUGUUUGGUUCGAUGCUUGCAUUGGCUACGUCUCUAUCACCAAGAACUUGGUCGAUGGUGAUAACUUGGAUGGCACGAACUGGGAGAAGUGGUGGAAGAACCCUGAGAACGUCAAGCUUUACCAGUUCAUGGGCAAGGACAAUGUACCAUUUCACACUAUCAUCUUCCCUGCCUCUCAACUUGGAACAGGAGAGAACUGGACCAAGGUCCACAAGAUGUCGACAACCGAGUAUCUCAACUAUGAGGGCGGAAAGUUCAGCAAGUCCCGCGGCGUUGGAGUUUUUGGAAACACUGCUAAAGAGACUGGCGUUGAUCCUGAUGUUUGGCGAUACUACCUUCUAUCCAGACGGCCCGAGUCCGCUGACUCUGAGUUCAAAUGGCAAGAGUUCAUUGACUGCAACAACAACGAUCUUCUCAAGAACCUCGGUAACUUGAACCAACGAAUCCUCAAGUUCACUCAGGCCAAGUUGGAUGGCGUCGUUCCCGACUACACAAAGUACACCGACGAGCGGCUAGAGGAGCACAAGAAGGAAGUGAACGAGGCCCUCAAGACCUUUAUCUCACAGUUCGACGCCAUCAAGCUCCGCGCUGGCCUUGCCACCGUUAUGCACAUCUCUGCCCUUGGCAACAAACUUCUGCAGGACAGCAAGCUGAACAACCAGCUUCUGGCCGAUGAGCCAGACCGCUGCGCUGCGGUGAUUGGUCUUGGUAUCAACCAUCUCCAGCUCCUUGCAAGCAUCGUUCAUCCUUACAUGCCCUCUACUUCCGAGGCCAUCCUGGAGCAGAUCGGCAGCCCUGGCUUGAUCUCCAUUCCUGAGACAUGGUCAGGAGACCUCGUCAAGCCCGGCCAAAAGAUUGGCGAGCCCAAGCUUCUCUUCACACAGAUCCCUGCGUCUAAGCUUGAUGAGUGGCGCGAGGCCUUUGGUGGUGAGGAGAUCCGAAAGCAAAAGGCCCUCGAGGCAGAGAAGGCGGCGGCGAAGAAGGCUGCUAAGGACAAAAAGAAGCAAAAGAAGCUCGCUCUUCGUCAAGCUGAGAAGGCCGGUGAAGCUUCUACCGAGGAGAAGCCUGUUGAGGCCUCUGCUGUUGACCUGCUCCCCGACAACAAGCCCUCUGAGACAUAGAUGCAUGUGCACCAGAGUGAAUCGGAGUUGGCGUUGGCAAAAGAAAUUGACUGGGUAUGGACGGUGCAUGCAUGAGGAGUCGCUUAGAAGCGAUCAUGGGUUGCCGAGCUUAUUUUGAGGGGUUGCCGAACUGUAGAGUAGAUUCUCAAAUCAACUUAUAAGGGAUGACUAGAUCAUGAGCUAGAUGGCUGUUGAAUUUAGUGUACAAUAUGUUUGAGUUUAGGUAUGUCAAGUUUUCCUCUAGACUCUGUCCUGUGCCCUUUAUGGGUUCAAGGUCAUAUGUCGGCCAACUCAGACACACAUACGAGAGGGUAGGUUCCCUGUCAUGCAAUAUAGAGAAACUUGGCCAUAACGCAGAAGCGCUUUAAAUCAAAGAGCGCAAAUGAGGGCCAUGCGUAGGUCUACAGACGUGGUGUCUAAAAGGGGGA